GUUUAGUUCCUUCUCGACACGUCGUGCAUUUCGAAAGGUACUCUUGGUUUUACUGUACGAGUGCUUGCGUUGUUCUCUUCUCCUCCCUUUGAUCCCUUCCAUUUCUUCUCUGCAGCGCGUUUUCUUUGCGUCACUACGCAGAUGCGUCGCUUGGGGAAGUGUGCUUUCGCUCCACUCGCCCCUUGGGUGGCUCGUCGGCUUAUGGAAACGGAGGAGCCUUGCUCGCCGGAGGGUAUCCGCGAAAUGAUCCAGCGUGCCGAGAAAGCACAAGAGCAGCGCGAGAUGGUUGUGGACCAGCGCAAAGUCAUUUUCACCUCUGCUGCCAGCGGUGACCAUCGCCCUCGUAUCGCUGCUGCGGAGGCUUUUGACGUCGCCGCAGCGGGGUUACCACGCCCUCCCAACUUCUGCUACGUAAGCGUCUCCGUCGACUACGCGGGGAUGGUGGACGCGCCGGAGGUUGUGUGGUUUAACAUGUGCAAAGCGAAUGGUGUUAUGCCGUCCACGGUGAAGGCCGGCGCGCUGCACAUGCUGGGAGGCAUGGUGUGCCAUCAGCGACUCGGUGGCGGCUACAUUCAAGUAGUCCUCGGCUGCAUUCCGGAUCUUGAAGUUGACUCUUUUACCUUCGACGCGGUACCGCCUACGGAGGAGAUCCACGCGUCUGGGCGGGCGCCACCCACGGCUGCUUUUGCCAUGCUAGACACCGGGCUCACGCUGCAGUACGAGCAGGUGCUCUCCUCUCACCUCAACGCGCUAGGCAGCUCUCUCGGCAAAGGAUGCCCGUUGGUUGGCGGGCUCUACCCUCCCGUAGGCGGCGUUAGCGGCAACACCACCGAUGGGGCCGAGCAAGCAGGCAAGCUGGAGGACUCCAUUUUCUUCAUCAACGACCGAGUUUAUCGUGGCAGUGCGGCAGCGGUGGUGCUGCGCAGCAAACUUUUAAAGGCGCACGCCGUCAGCGUUGUACCGUCCAUUUCGAUCGGCAACGCCACCAUCACGCAGGUCUCCUGCGAAGGCCGCGUGGCAACAGUGAAGAUGCUCGAUGGCCGCCUCGCAACGGAGGUGAUCAAGGACGCGUAUUCUCUUUCGGAAAUUGCGGACAAGCCCAGCAAAGUCUUUCUGGGCCUCCGGCACGGCGAGGUGCACGUGCCUGUGUCAUUUGUCGGCCGUCCAGACUCCGGCGAGUUGCUCUUCUCUAUCCCUCCUGGACUCUCUGUGCAGGACAAUGACGUGAUCGACCUCCUCGUCGAUGACUCGGAGUUGGACACGGAGGUUGCGGCCAGCUUGCUGAUUGGCAUGGAGAAGUCCAUCGCACCCGUUUCCGUCGAGAAGGACAUCAACGUGGCGCGUGAAGCGCGGCGCAACAUCGUCGCCUCCUCAACGGCUGCUUUCCACUUUUCACAUGGCGGACUCAACACCGUGGCGAAGCCGGAUGUGCCGGUGGUGAACCUCGGCAGUGGUGGUGUCAUCUUUUCACCCACGAUCCUGCAACGCUGCGUGGGGCGUAGCUGUCCCACCUCAGGCUUUUUCUGUCCUGGGCAGGUCGCCACCGUGCAGAAUGUGACGUCCAUCUUUGCUCGUUCCAGCACGUAUUGCUUCCUCCAGGGCCUCGCAUAA